CCGGAAGUGGCGCAGCGGCAGGGAGGGGCUCUUCACCCGGUCCGGCAGCUGAAGCUCGGCGCUCGGGUUACCCCUGCAGCGACGCCCCCUGGUCCCACCGAUACCACUGCUGCUCCCGCCCCUUCGCUCCUUGGCCGCGCAAUGGGCACCCGCGACGACGAGUACGACUACCUCUUCAAAGUUGUCCUUAUUGGAGAUUCUGGUGUUGGAAAGAGUAAUCUCCUAUCUCGAUUUACUCGAAAUGAGUUUAAUCUGGAAAGCAAAAGCACUAUUGGAGUGGAGUUUGCAACAAGAAGCAUCCAGGUUGAUGGAAAAACAAUAAAGGCACAAAUAUGGGACACAGCAGGGCAAGAACGAUACCGAGCUAUAACAUCAGCGUACUAUCGUGGAGCUGUAGGUGCCUUAUUAGUUUAUGACAUUGCUAAACAUCUCACAUAUGAAAAUGUAGAACGAUGGCUGAAAGAACUGAGAGAUCAUGCUGACAGUAACAUCGUUAUCAUGCUCGUGGGCAAUAAGAGUGAUUUACGUCAUCUCAGGGCAGUUCCUACAGAUGAAGCAAGAGCUUUUGCAGAAAAGAAUGGUUUGUCAUUCAUUGAGACAUCUGCUCUAGACUCCACAAAUGUAGAAGCUGCUUUUCAGACAAUUCUAACAGAGAUAUACCGUAUUGUUUCUCAGAAACAAAUGUCAGACAGACGUGAAAAUGACAUGUCUCCAAGCAACAAUGUGGUUCCUAUUCAUGUUCCACCAACCACUGAAAACAAGCCAAAGGUGCAGUGCUGUCAGAACAUCUAAGGCUUUUUCUUCUCCCCUAGAAGGCUGUGUAUAGUCCAUUUCCCAGGUCUGAGAUUUAAAUAUAUUUGUAAUUCUUGUGGUCACUUUUGUGUUUUAUUACUUCCUCAUACUUAUUUUUCCAUGUCCUAAGUCUUUUGAUUCUAGCUUUAUAAAAUCAUCCACUUUGUCCCAAAUGACUGCAGCUUUUUUUUUUUUUUUUUUUUUCCCCAUGCUAUGGCUUCACUAGCCUUAGUUUAAUAAACUGAAUGUUUGAAUUCCUCAAUUAUUGUUUACUUUUCAUCAUGGAAGCCUGUCACUGUAGGACACAGUAGAACUUGAUCACUUGAAGCUUGGACCUAUUGGUCUUGAUCAAAUCAAACUAAGAAGACCUUAGAAAUAAGCUAUUGUUAUGCCACAGAGCAGCUUAUAAGUACUACACUUUUUCCUCAGUGCAGUGUAUAUUUUGACAAAUCUAAGAAUUGCCCUAUAAACGUAGCAGGAUUUUGAGAGCUUGAAAAUUUUCCCUUAUUCUGGAAGUGAAUUUCUAAAAUGCCUUAAUAGGUUUAUGUAGUUUAGUAAACUUUAUUUUAAAAUUUUUGUAAGCAUCAAAAUUGAUUGAAGUUGGGGGCACUUUUUUCUGGACUAGAAUUAUCUUAAUAAUUACAAAAAACUUACGGUUUGGGUAGGGGUACAGUUAUGUAGCUGUAUGUUAAACAGUGAUGCCUGGUAGGCUAGAAACUAGAGAUUGAGGUGCCUCGGUUGCAGUGAUCAGCCCAAACCAUUUAACUCAUCUCAUUUCCCAGCAGUAGAUUAUGUGGCAUUUUAUUGCUCAGGCAAUAACUGGUUUAAUGCUGGAAGUGUCAAAUCUUGAAGUGUCAAUUUUGUUUUAAAACCUUCCAAUGAGUGAAAUGCAACCUAGUUUUAUCCCCAUAUCCACCAACAGGCAUGGGUAAUUAUUUUAACAAUGCUUAUCUUUGGGUUUUACAGUGUAUAAUGGAAUACAGUCCAGUUAAGUCUUUGGUUUUAGUGUCUAAAGAAUACAGAGAGGUUAAUUUAUGCUCAAGUGGUACCACUUAAAGGCAUGUAUUCUUUUAGUAUGUAAAAUGAAAUAGUACCUUGAGUUCAAAUAGAGUGCAUUUAGGCAUUGUAGAGACCUAAAAUAAUUUUAUUCCACUACAUUAUUGAAAUCAAUGGAGCAACUAAAUAGUUUCUCAUUCAGAAAUGUGCACACUAAUAUUUAGUUUUACUUCCUUGUGGAUAAUAUUAAGCACUUACUCUGCAGUUUUCUGAAAGUUGUCUACUGCAGCGCUACUAUUCAGGAUGAUGGGAUACCUGAAAAAAUAUAUAUGUUGGGGCUUGCAUAGAUUGCUAUGUUUCAUAGUUAAUCUUCUGUCUUUUGCGGUGCUCAUGAUGUGUGGAGCACACGGAAGGCAUUGCUGUAGUCAGUCAUUGUUGGUUUUCUUCUGUAGCUGUUUUAUUAUUUUAGUGUAUUGGUUAUAAAGAUACUAUUGUCUAUUUGUAAAUCGCUACUUUGUAUUUUAUGCAUGCUCUGUAACUUGAUUUUUUUUUUUUAGUUAUUGAUUUGGAAUAUAUUCUCAUUCUAAUAAACAGUUAUAGGGGGACUGUU